AUGGUUUAUUACCCAACUAGUGUCGGCAUGCAAUCUCUCUACCAAGAAUCCAUCUACCUCAACGAACAACAACAACAACAGCAACAGCAAGCUUCUUCUUCCCCCGCCGCAUCUUUCUCCGAGAUAGUCUCCGGCGGAAACUGUCUCGAAAUCCCUAACUCCGGUGGUGUUCGAAACGAGAUGGUUUUUAUCCCACCAACAAGCGACGACGUCGUCGCCGUCACAGGUCUCAGCGGGAACGUGAACGGAAACGUCACUGUCUCAAGCAACGAUCUAAGCUUUCACGGCGGUGGACUUUCCUUAAGCCUCGGGUUCGUAAGUAGCGUUCUGAGAUCUCGUUACCUUAAACCAACGCAGCAACUGCUCGACGAAGUUGUUAGUGUCAGGAAAGAUUUGAAAUUGGGGAAUAAUAAGAAGACCAAAAACGAUAAAGGUCAAGACUUUACUAAUGGGUCGAGUGAUAACAACGCAGAAAACGAGAAAUCGCAGCAAGAGUUAUCUCCUUCAGAGCGUCAAGAGCUUCAGAGCAAGAAGAGCAAGCUCUUAACAAUGGUCGAGGAGGUGGAUAAAAGGUAUAACCAAUAUUACCAUCAAAUGGAAGCAUUAGCUUCGUCUUUCGAGAUGGUAACAGGGAUUGGAGCAGCUAAGCCAUACACAGCGGUAGCUCUGAACAGAAUCUCUCGCCAUUUCCGCUGCUUGAGGGAUGCGAUAAAAGAGCAGAUUCAGGUGAUCAGAGGGAAGCUUGGGGAGAGAGAGACUUCAGAUGAACAAGGAGAGAGGAUACCGCGUCUUAGGUACUUAGAUCAGAGGCUGAGACAACAGAGAGCUCUGCAUCAACAGCUUGGAAUGGUUAGACCAGCUUGGAGACCACAAAGAGGCUUACCUGAAAACUCUGUCUCUAUUCUCCGCGCUUGGCUCUUUGAGCAUUUCCUUCAUCCAUAUCCUAAGGAAUCAGAGAAAAUCAUGCUUGCGAAGCAGACAGGACUAUCGAAAAACCAGGUUGCAAACUGGUUCAUUAACGCGAGAGUUCGGCUAUGGAAACCGAUGAUCGAAGAGAUGUAUAAAGAAGAGUUUGGAGAUUCAUCAGAGUUACUCUCUAACUCUAAUCAAGAGAACAACAAAAUGCAGGAAGCAUCUCAGCUCAAACACGAAGACUCUUCUUCGCAACAACAGAAUCAGGGAAACAACAACAUCGCAUAUACAUCUUCUGAUGCAGAAGAAAACCUCGUCUUUGCAGAUCCGAAACCAGACCGUGCUACUGGAGAAUACGACAGCUUGAUGAACUAUCACGGGUUUGUUGGUAUCGAUGAUUACAAUCGCUACAUUGGCCUUGGAAACCAGCAAGAUGGCAGAUUCUCUAAUCCCCAUCAGUUACACGACUUUGUUGUCUGA